AUGGCCGCCCCCGCUUCCGACCUGGGCCCCCUAGGAUACCUGCUACUACUCCUGCUGGUUACCCCAAUCUGGGUCGCAUCAGUCAGUCACCGAAACCGACACCCUAAAAGCCAGGCAAAUUCAUUGAGUGGUGACGUGGCCUGUGGCCAGCCAGUUCUGGAGGGUAAGAUCUUGGGAGGAAUGCCAUCCCCCUUUCAGAAAUGGCCGUGGCUGGUCAGCCUGCAUUACGCUGGCUUUCAUUUCUGCGGUGGCUCCAUUCUCAAUACCUACUGGGUGCUGACGGCAGCACACUGCUUUGCCAGGGAGAAGAGGAUUGAAAGCUUUGAUGUGUAUGUGGGCAUCAACAACCUCGACGUGGCCACCAGACACACCCAGUGGUUUGAGAUUAACAAGGUGAUCAUUCACCCCACCUACGGACUCUUUCACCCUAUUGGAGGGGACGUGGCCCUCGUGCAGCUGAAGAAACCCAUCAUAUUCUCUGACUCCGUGCUCCCCGUUUGCAUGCCGCCUUCCAACCUCAACCUCGACAGUGUGCCUUGCUGGGCCGCUGGAUGGGGACUGGUCUCACCGCAAGGUGACACCUUGAAACAGCUACAGGAAGUCCAGUUGCCACUAAUCCCCAAGUUCCAGUGCCAGCUGCUCUAUGGAUAUACGUCUUACCUCCUGCCGGAAAUGCUGUGUGCUGGGGACAUCGCGAAUGUGAAGAAUGUGUGUGAGGGUGACUCUGGUGGCCCACUGGUAUGUAAGCUGAACCAGACCUGGCUGCAGAUUGGAAUAGUUAGCUGGGGCCGCGGGUGCUCCCACCCCCUGUACCCAGGGGUGUAUGCCAAUGUCUCCUAUUUUUUGAAUUGGAUUCGUUAUCAUGUGAAGAACACACCCAUUCCUCCUCAGGUGUCCCCCUCGCUCUCUUCAUCCCUGAGAGCCACCCUUAGCAUUUUUGUGACCGUGCUGGCAAGCCUGUUGGUGUGGUGA